UUCAGUUUACUUACURACCAUUUGUUCUCUGGUACAUACGACACUGAAUUUCAUAUGAAUAUUAAUCUUACAUCGAUUCUGGGAAUGAUUCGCCGGCCAUGUUUGACGAGAUAUCUUGCUAAUAGUGAACAAUUCGAGAUGUGAAAGUCCAACAGGGUUUUAGUUAAGUAUGGUAUCAUGAUUUCUAACGUGACGUAUGCAGCAAUCACCUUAUUGGUUCUCUUCAAUCACGUGGUACCUAUCACUCAAAGUACCUGUCUUAGAUCGCUCACUAAUGUUACACUACAGGAUCAUACCAUCAAGUCUUUUUCAACGCCUUUUCUCAACGAAUGCUGGCAGGCGUGUAAAAGUGAUGCUCGAUGUCAAAGUUUGAACUUYUUCUUGAAACAGCAACUKUGUGAGAUAAACAACAGAACAAUCUYACUGGCACYRAAACAUUCUGURMAUGUUCCUUUUACUUCUUACUUUGACAAUCCUUAUAAAGUAACUGUCGGUACAACGAAAGACGUGCCMGCGGUUUCCUGUGCUGAAAUAUCGAAGGCUAUCGGGAAUGUCAGCGGUCGUUAUUGGAUCAUUGACCAUGCGCAGUCAAGUAUUCCAUAUAUGGCGUACUGCAACAUGACAUCACUAGCUAUUGAGGACUGUGCCGUCGAACAGUGCAAAAACAGCGGGAAAUGUACGUAUUUUGGGCUUGGCAAGUACGAAUGCGCAUGCCCAGUACUUACAACAGGACAAGACUGUCAAAUUAAAAUAAGCGUGUGUGACAGUUCUCCAUGUCAGAACGGAGCGACUUGCGUUGAUCGAGGAAGUAACUUCUCGUGCAGCUGCAAAUUCAGAUUUUAUGGAAAAAACUGUGAAAAAGAAUGCACAUCGCUGCCAGCCCUUGGAAUGGAAAGUGGAUCCAUUCCCAAUUCAAGGAUAACAGCUUCAUCAGUGUGGGGCAUCCAUCACGAACCAUGGCUGGCCAGACUUCGCAAACACUUUUCUGGAAAAAUGGGAGCAUGGUCAGCAAAAACAAAUGUAGCUGGUCAAUGGAUUCAGGUCGAUAUUGCUAGCGUUGCCGUGGUUACACGUGUUGCUACUCAAGGUCGUCAAGACGCGUCUCAAUGGGUUACCAGUUAUUACCUAGAAUAUAGAGCUAAUACUGCGCAUUAUACAUCGUAUGAUAAUAGAAAGAUAUUUUCUGGAAAUAGAGACAGAACAAGUGUUGUUACUCAUAACCUUAAUCCACCAAUUAUCGGUAGGUGGAUCAAGCUGGUUGCCCAAAGCUGGUAUAAUCAUAUCUCCCUKAGGAUGGAGCUCUACGGCUGUCGGUAAUCAUUCCACAUAAAAAGGUUUUGACCUGGUGGUAGAUCAGCGCUAGUCUUUUGACCCCCCGGCAUAAGCUAAAAGUACCAAGUGACUGUAUUCCAACCUCCAUCUCGAGUAAUUUCCCUAUCAUAUUGCAGAUGUUUGAAGUAAAGAUCUUACWGCAACAGUGAACACUUUACAAAUCAGUCUUUAAGGGACAUGGUCCCCAUCCAGGAUCCCUUUCGAGCUUUUGCUCAUGUUUGGACAUAAAAAUACAACGUAAUAUAAGCAAAAGCGUACUCUUAGUCAUUAUCCCUUUAUACAUAUAAAUGGAAAUAUUAUAAUAUUCGACCGUUAAACUGAUAGAUGGAAAACGAGUGCUGAUGGCUAUUCGAACUCAUUUUCCACAUAUGAAAAAUCUAAAACACGACCGCAUUGAAUGCUGGAUACCGUAUAUCCUUGCCAACCUUGACAGCUUUAUUGCAAUAAAACAGGAACAAAUGCUGUAUGCAAACUCGUGUACAAAGUGAAUAAAAGAAAUAAGAAGCAUACGAUUUUAUUUGUUUUUGUUAUUUGUACACCGUGCCACCUGUAAA